AUGCGGUCUGUUGUCCUUGCGACGCUCUUUGGGCUCGUUGCUGCUCAGAGCAAUGCAUCUAACGCUACUUCCACGCUCACUAGCCUAUCCCAACCAUCGACAACUCAGGUAUCUUCUUCUCAGGCAUCUACGGGCUCGAAAACAGCCAUCACUGUCGCUCAGGAUGGCUCUGGUCAAUUUACGGCUAUCGGCGCAGCUGUAACAGCAGCACAGAUCAGUGGGAUUCCGACGGUGACAGUGCUUGCGGGAACAUACACCGAAGCCGUCACAAUCGGACAGGCCUCAGUCACUAUCGUUGGCGCAACAGCCACUGCUGCUGUGGACUGGUCGCAGAAUCAGGUCACUGUUUCGAAUCCAGCGGCUGCGCUCAGCAUCGGCUCCAGCAACGCCAAAGGCAUUACGGUACGCAACAUCAACUUCGUCAACAGUGCAACAACCGGAGCAGGAGCACAGGCCGUCGCUCUUGCCCUGAGAGGCAGCAAUGUUGCUUUCUAUGGUUGUUCUAUUGUCUCGCCAGGAACGACUGUAAUCUCGGUUUCGACGGGAACUGCCUUCUUCGCGAACUCGUAUAUCGAAGGCUCAACCCAGAUGUUCUACAACUCGCUCACGGCCUAUGUUUACAACUCAACCAUUGUGCCGUUGAACCCCCAGGCGAUUGUUGCCUACAACAAGGGCACGGCCACGGCCAAUUCGACCAUAGUCUUCGAUUCCAGCACAAUCAAGCCAAAGUCUGAUAACACAUACAGUGGCGUUUUUCUGGCAGCUCCAAAUGGCGCUGGAGCUGUGGCUGUCUUCAGAAACACUAUGAUGGAAUCUUUGGUCUCGCCAGCAGGUAUUCAUCCUACAGCUGCCAGCUAUCAGCCCGUCUUCUUUGGGGAGUUUUUGUCGAGAGGUGCAGGGUCGUACGAGAACAAUGCCGCUGCUCGUUCCAAGUACGACGUCUUGUUGAGCCUGGACCAGGUUUCUCAGUUCACCAUAGACAAGGUCUACGCCAAUGCAAUCUACUCAGGCUACAGUAGCUCAUCUCUUGGUUGGAUAGACCAGAACAUCGUUGCAUCGAUCCAGGCCUCAUAUGCCUCUCAGGCCGCUGCUUUUUCUCAGAUCUCCUCGUCUACAAGCGAAUCUUGGUAUAGCUCUACACCCAUGACCGCAACCGUCUCCACCAGCAUGUCUGAAAGCACUUCAAGCUCCGCAAACGCGACAAUGACUGUUUCCGCGACCAGCAGCUCAAUGUCGGCUGUGGCCACCUGCUCGACCCCACCAUCCGCUACGAUAGUGGUGUCCAAGACUCCUGGGCCUUGCGAAUUCGGCAACAUAACAUCAGCCAUUGGUGCUAUACCAAACGAUGGGAAAGAUUAUACCGUCAGUAUUGGUGCUGGAACUUACGUCGAGCAAUUCUCUAUAACCCGUAAGGGCAAAGUCACACUCAGGGGUGCAACUAACUUUACAAACGAUUAUACCCAGAACCAAGUGCGCGUAGAAUUUUCCAGUGGCCGACUGACUAAUCUGGGCCAGAAUGAGCAGACCCCGGUCAUCUAUGCGAAGAAGAACGAUGUCUCUGGACUUGCACUUCACAACAUCGACUUUGCCAACACUUACCCGCAAACUACGAACACUGCCGCCCUGGCUGCUGAUUUCUAUGGACCGAACAUGGCUGCAUACGGUUGUUCUUUCAUCGGCUUUCAAGACACACUGCUUGCGAAUAAGGGAACACAAGUCUUCAGCAACUGCUAUAUUGAAGGUUCGGUUGAUUUUGUAUGGGGUUUUUCCACGGCAUACUUCCACCAAUGCAUGAUUGUGAGCAACACACCAGGAGCUUGCAUUGCCGCGCAGUCUCGAGCCGAUGCAAGCACUGUUGGAGGAUAUGUCUUCGACUCCUGCAUGGUCACCUAUAGCUCUACAUAUGGUAGCUCGUUUGGUUUGAGCUACCUUGGGCGGCCAUACUCACCGUUCUCCAUUGCGGUAUAUAUGAACUCGUACAUCGACAAGCACAUCAGCUCUGAUGGGUGGCAAAUAUGGUCCACCGGUAAUCCGCAAACUUCUGGAGUACUGUUCGGCGAGUUCAAUAAUUCUGGACCUGGAUCGUGGCAAUCAUCCACCAAGCGUGUCAGCUUUGCGACCAACCUGACUGAAACGCAAGCAUCCAAGUACAGUCUUGCAGCAUGGAUUGGCGAUACUACGUGGCUCGACUUUGUCGCGUACAACGUGCAGCCAUCAUAUGCAUUGACUGGUCCCUCUUCAGCCAUGCCGCCUAUCAAUGGCACCACAACAGGCCCCACCACCACUGCGACUGUCAACGCGCACCCCAACAGCGGAAUGAUAGCCCCGGUAGGUGCCGUUAUCGUCUCUGUAGACGGUACCCAUAAUGCUGCAUUCUCCAGCCUUACUGCUGCUCUUGCAUCCCUUCCGAAGGAUUCGACUAACCAAACCAUCUUCAUGUAUCCCGGCUCCUACAAUGAGCAAGUUCCGUCUGUGAAUCGGCCUGGAGCUGUGCGAAUCAUCGGCUAUACGACCGGUAAUCCUGGCCAGUCGUACAAAACCAACCAGGUCACCAUUACCUAUUCCCGUGGUCUCUCGGUGUCUCCGCUACCUGUCGGCCACUCAAAUGCAGAAACUGCCACUUUCGCCACUGCUUCCAGCCGAAUCAGCCUCUACAACAUCAACAUGAUUAACACCGACAAUCUUGAUGGUCUUCAGUCGUCAUAUGUGACACUUGCUGCUUCCAUUUACGGCAACGACAUCGCCUUCUAUGGCUGUUCGUUCGAUGGAUGGCAGGAUACUUUACUGACUGGCGCUACCGCCGGUUACCAAUACUACGAGUCCUGCUACAUCGGUGGGGCGAUAGAUUUCAUCUGGGGCUACUCAAAGGCUUACUUCAAGGGCUGUACAAUAGGUGCUAAGCGCAAGUCAUCAUGUGUUACUGCACACAACAGAGCGUCGUCCACAGCUGUUGGUGGGUAUAUAUUCGACCAGUGCCUUUUCACCGCUGCACCUGGUGCAACCGAUGAUCUCACAAACAGUGUGUACUUGGGCCGUCCUUACUCGCAGUAUGCUCUUGUAGUCGUCAAGAACUCCUAUCUCGACAAGACUAUCGUUCCUGCAGGUUGGAAAAUAUGGUCAGCUACGGAUCCGCGCACCGGCGGCGUCACGUUUGCAGAGUUCAACAAUUCUGGUCCGUCAAACUGGGAGAACAAUGCCGCCGCUCGCCAAAACUUUGGCUUCGCAACUCUGCUCACUUCAGACACAUACUCGCUCUCGUCUGUAAUGGACUCAACUGAGUGGAUUGACAUGACCUACUGGAACUCGAUCGUCACGCCUCAGCCACUCAUUACUGUACCCGUCCCUACAAACAUCACAGUGAAUGGCACAUCCGUUUUCAAUGGUACAGCGCCUCCACUAGGCGCUCUCCUCGUAUCCAAGACCCCUAUCGACGGUGUAAACACUUAUACCACAAUUCAGGCUGCUCUGGAUGCUGCACCGGUAUCAAGCAAAGUCAACGCUACUAUCUUCAUCUAUCCUGGCGUGUACAACGAGCAGCUUAUUCUCAACAAGUCCGGUCACACCAUAUUCAAGGGCUACUCAGAGGCUACUGAUGAUUAUUCGAAGAACCAGGUAACCAUCCAAUCUAACCGUGGCAUCGACACGCAAGGUACAUCUGGCAGCAACACAGAUGGCGCCACCGUGUAUGCAACGGGCAAUUUCUUCCACGCAUUCAACAUCAACUUCAGGAACAACUUCGGCACAACGCAGAAUAUUGCAUCACUAGCCUUUGCAGUGAAAAGCAGCAAGUAUGCUGCACUCUAUGGCUGCCAGAUUUAUGGCAAUCAGGACACGUUGAGUGUCUCUGGAAACCUGUUCACCUUCAAGACUUACAUAGAGGGUAACGUCGACUUCAUCUAUGGAAGUGGCUCCGCAUACUUCCUCGCCUCGACCAUUUCUCCGAACGAGGAUGCGAUCAGUAUAACUGCCCACAAGCGAGCGGCAAAUGUCACGAAUGCAGGAUUCGUUUUCGACCAAUGCACGCUCAAGCCUGCGCCUGGGGCUGGACCUUUCACCAACGUUGGUCUAGGUCGCCCUUGGAACAGCUUCUCCCGUGUUGCCUACAUUAAUUGCUAUCUCGACUCAAUGAUUAGCGCAGCGGGAUGGAACCCAUGGAGCAAGUCGACACCGAACACGAAUGGCGUCCAGUAUGGAGAGUAUCAUAAUUUUGGUCCUGGAUCGAAUAUUUGCAAGCGCGCUGCCUUCUCUCAGCAGCUUUCCGACGCCGCUGUGGUUCAGUACCAGCUGGGCAACUUCUUUGCAUCCACAAGCUUUAUCGAAUUCGCGCGUGUAGAUACUCAACCAUUUUCGGUUGGUAUUGAUUUGGCACAGACCUGUGGACCUAUCUCAUCAACCAUCAGCGCGUCUGUUGUACCAAGCGCUUCCUCUACGCCCGUGCUCACAAGCAGUCUUCCAAUUGUUACAGCCUUCACCACUACUACUGUGGUAGAGAAGCUCACGACAAGCACAUUGAUUACAGCCCCGGACGUUACAUCCACAACUAUUGCCAAGAUUACUGAGACGUUGUCGAUCACUGCAGCAGACGUUACGAAGACCAGCGUGGAGAAAGCUACCAUCACCAUCUCUGUCACCUCUCCAGACAUCACCUUAACCUCAACCUCCGUAGUCACAGAAGAUGUCGGUCUCACAAUAACCCCUGGCGCUGUCACGAAAACCGAUGUUACGAAGGGAACGAUAACCGAAGGAGGUGUGACUACCAAAGCACCAAGCACUUAUACCGUUCAAGGUACCUCGACUAUCACAACGAUCUUCACAUCCACCCCGAAGGCAGCAACGAUUACGCGAAUUGAAGGCUCUACUGUUAUCAUCACCAGCUCGAUCUAUCCCAAAGGAGCCACUACAACCAUCUCGACCACCACCUCUGUGCAGCCUAGCAGCACCAAAACAACUACGGUCAAGGCCAAGAGCUCAGUCACAGUGACUACUACGUCCUACAAAACAACUACCAAGAAGUCAACCAUCACACAAGCUUGUAUUCCAACUGCCGAAGCACAGCUGGUGCGUCGUGGGGCCGUUCUUCCUCGGGCUGGCGCGGCAAGCACUACCACCAUCACGCUCAGCGCUACAGUUACCAGUUUUGUCAAAACUUCCACUGUCACUCAACCGGGCGCUACUAUCAUAGCUACGAAAACUUCAGUCGUCACUAAGACAACAUCAUUGAAAGCCAGUACUGUCACAAGUACCAUUACUUCGGUUGUCGCAACUCGAACCAGCGCGCAAGCGGGCCAGACGGUUUAUACAACCAUCAUCUCCACGUCCAAAAUUGGCAAGACCACGACUCUCAAGCCCUCUACAACUACAAUUUCAUCCACGAGCUUCGCGACCAAGACGACACUGUCCACCGUGACCGCUGAUGCUGUCACAAUUAGCAGUUUCAAGACAAAGACAACUACACAGACUGUAGAGGCGCUGCAGCAAACCGUCUACAUCACUAAAUCAGCUGAUGUAACAAACACGAUCAAGACUACGUUGCCUGUCAGCACGACGACGCUAUAUGAGACGAUUACAGAGGGUGGUGGCGUUGUCACUACAACGGUGACAGCGGAGCCAGGAACUAAGACCGUGGCGCAGAAAGUCACCACGACGGUGCUGCAGGUUGUGACGAAGACCGCGAAGGGCGCGAAGAAUUGUACGGCAUAG